UUUGAGCAAGAAUACAACUCUAAGUUAAAGGAAAAGGAUACAGAGAGAUUUGAAAAAGGAGAUAAUAUUCAAAUUGUGAGACUGGAAUUGAAGACCCAAAGGAGUUACGUGAAGAGCUUGAAGAAAAGGUCUCUCUGGUCCAAGAUGUUGGAAGAAGUGGUCGAGAAGCUUGUUGAAAUCGUGCAUUACUUACAUUUUGAGAUCAACAGUACUUUUGGAUCUUCUGAUGGAUUUGCUUUGAGUGCUGAAUCAACUGCGAGCUGUCAAAGGCUAGGACCUGCUGGACUGGCAUUACAUUAUGCAAACAUUAUCAUUCAGAUCUAUAGCGUUGUUUCUCGAUCAGGUUACGUACCAUCAAACACAAGAGAGGCCCUCUACCAGGGGCUGCCACCAAGGGUCAAAUCGGCUCUACCAAAUAGAUUAAAAACUUCCUCAGUGCCUCAGGAGCUCACCAUUGAUGAUAUAAGGGUUUAA